AUGGCCCUCUGUGACUACAGCUGCAACUCGCUAUGUGGCGUCAACACAGCUUGUGUCUCCCAAAUCCCACCUUCAGAAGUCAUCGUCCAGCCGCCACCUUUCCGCAUCACCAUCCCAGGACCAGUCAUCACUGCUAGCCCUGAACCAGUGGCGGUAGCAGCUAACAAUCCCUGUGCCACCCCUGGGUAUGAGCCUUGGGGUUACGGCUAUGGCUACGGUGCAUGCCGUGGCUAUGGGUAUGGAUCCGGAAGAUGGGGUUGCAACUCUGCGUGCUCCUAUCCUUAUGGCCGUUACGGCUACAGAGAUGGCUGCUAA